GUGACCUGAACAUAGUGCUCAUACCAUUACGUUUACGCGAUAAUGUUGCUUGUGGGAGAAGGUGUGAGUGAAUUCACGUACGUAUUAAUGUUUGGGUCGUAAGGUAUCACAUAGGAUCGUUCAUUACACAAUCGGGUAAGACCGGUGAGUGAUACUCUAAAGACACGAUGUUUGAUUUCAUUUGAUAAACCUUUUUGUGCCAAGAGAACAUCCUGUACGGCUGUAACACACACAAAACGUGCACAACCACAAGUCCGUAGUUUUAGGAUGUCGAGUUCCUGAGACCAUUGGACUGAUACAAUAAAACAUUCUUUGUUUUUCUCAGUUGGAUCGUACUGAAUUGAGUCAAAGCUAGCGGCGACAAAUCUAAGGCAUGCCUCAAUGAAACGCGGAGGGUGGAAUAGGGUCAUUAAAUAGCAUUUGAGAAUAUAGGAUUUCGAAAAUUUCGUGCGUCAAUUCGUCACAGUACCUGCAAAACAAAACCACUUUUGAGUUGCACACCGCCUGGGAAGAAGGUCGAUGACCUCAAUUGCAUCACGAUAGUUAACUACAGGAAACAAUCAAUAUUUAGUAAUCGUUUACACUAAUUAUUUUUAUAUUAUUUAUCCCAUGUGUCGCUGGCAAGAGCUAAAUGUCAAAAACACCGAACUUUUGAAUAAAUUUCUUGGUAAGCAAAACAAUCCUGAAUUCAAACGUUUGUGGUUAGUAAUGUUGUUCUCUCCCAAAAUUAUGUAAAUCGAUAUCUUUCAAUGCUUCGAUAUCUUUCAUGACGUGCAGGAAAUAUCAAACCAAAUUGAUCACGCCUCCUAUAUAAAAGCAUGCAACAUGAUUUAAAUAUAUCCAUAACAAUACGACGUUCAUCAACUUCAAACCACUUGGAGUUGGAGCACAGUUUUAUCAUAGCCACAACGCCGGAAAGUCAGAGAAAAACCCGCUUUUAAAAUCAAGAAACAUUGUUGCGAUUCUGGUUCUACUAUAAAGUGAAAGAAACUUGAUAUAAAAUAUCAAGAAUUGCAACGAUUUACAAACAGAAAUGACUCACGAGAAGCGCUUAAGCGAUAAAGAAUUAGCGAAGAUGAUAUAUGGAGAGGAGAACCUGGAGCAGUUUCAAAGCAAUGAUCCACUGCGAGGAACAUUACGUGGAGCGGCUCAGGCGAAACGUCAACAUCUUAACCGACAAAUCUUUAAAAAUUUACGACUAAGAGAUGGCGCCGAGAAAAUGCUGCAAGCCACCAAUCAACAACCAGGCACUUGCAGUUUGAAUAACAAGAAGGUUCAGGAUACAUUGCGAUUGGAAAUAAGUUUUUAUGAUUCUCGUCUGGAGGUUUUGUACAACGAGCUUGCUAACUUAAAGAGUGCUUUUGACAUCUAUCAAAGCGCAAAAAGAACAGGCUUUCCAAUGAUCGCAAUUUCCCUGAAGGAUACAGUCGAUAUUGAAUGGAGGGAAGUUAUAGAGGAUUUUAUCGAGAGUCAUUACCAUGAGAACCCAGAACAGUUUCGAGACGAAAUUGAAAGAUUGGUUGAAAUGCGACAGGUGAUGCAAACUCCUGAAAGGAACGAAAAAGGAGUGAAGAUGUUGUACGAAUAUUACAACCAACUGACGUUACUUGAAAAAAGGCUGUUCAGUGGUCAAUCAUUUGCAGGCAUACAGUUUGUCUGGUUUGAUUCUUUAACGGCUCACCAAACACCGAGCACAUCGCUGGCCUAUGAAAAGGCCUGUGUUUUGUUCAACAUCGGAGUAUUAUGGACCCAAAUAGCAGCGAAAAAGGAGUUCACCACAGAGAUGAAAUCAGCCCAGGAAGCGAUAAUCGCGCUCCAAAAAGCAGUUGGAAUAUUUUCAUACCUUAAACAAAGUGUUAAAAGUAAACUAAGCAAAGAUCUAUCGCCCGAAGUUCUUGACGUAUUGGUGGAUAUCUUUAAGGUGCAAGCACAUGAAUGUACUCUUAACUGGGACAUGAGAGAGUCCGAUAAGGAAGAUGUUGAAUGUUAUAACAUACUGGCAAGAGAAGCAGCCCAGCUUUCUGGAAGAUACGAAGCUUUGAAAGAUUCCAUGACCGAGACGGCCAGCAUUCCACCCUCCUGGUGCACUUUAGCAGAGGUGAAGUCUCUACAUUUCAAAGCCAUUGCUCAUUAUUACGCUGCAUUAAUCUUACUGCAGAAUUACGAUCCUGAUUUCACGGACUGCGAUCAUGACGUGGCCGGAUCAGAGAAAAGGUUGUCGACGUUGGUCGAGGUAAACAAGAUCGCCUCGUGGUUAAUGAACGAGGACUGUCGCACGGACAAAGCGAAAAGCCAUCUGAAGAAAGCGAUGGUCACGGAAAGCAAGGCAACGCAGAUCGCAAAAAAUGACAGAUUCAUUGCAAGGAUCAAGAGCAUUGAUAAGGUUCUGAACGGCUUCUCUAGUCAAGUGAAAAAUAAACUGUCAUCGAUUGAUAUCUCUGGUGAUCUGGAAUUUAUCGAAUCUGCUGAUGAUAUCAACUGCUCAACAGACAAAAAAGACAGAGCCAUUCAACCGGAGUUUAAGAAGUAUGAAGUCGAAGAUAUCCUGGCUGCAUUGGGUCCGCUGAAUGUAUUCAAUGCUAAAAUAUCGUAUCAUCCGCCCAAGACGGUCACGUUGAACAGAGACGAACACGGGGGGUUGGGGAUAUCAAUACGCGGGAACGCACCAACAGUCAUCUGCAAGAUUAGUCCCCGAAGACAGCAUGUUGGAGUACAAGUUGGUGAUAUCAUAGCAGCCAUUGGUGAUCACAAUACCAAGUGUUUAAACCAUAAGACUGUGUCAAAACUUAUACAGGAAUCAGGACAGAGUGUAACACUGACUUUGCUGUCAGCAGUCUCACCAAGUGUUGUACUUCAUGCAUUAUAGUACAAGUUGGAAAUCAACCUGGGUUCUUCGAAGUGCCCCUUUAAGUGUAUAUAUGAGAGUUGAGAGUGCUAUGGCCUGUGGACUAGAUAGAUCAGAGUUCUUUUUUCUACGGUUAUCAGAAAUAUAGAAGUAUAAAUAUUCCUUAAAUCUGUUAUGUUUUAACUAAAGGAAUAAAACACUGUGGUGAUGAAUUUUUCUAUUAGAUUACUCAUUCCUAUAUAUUUAUUACAAGGACAUUUGAAAGUAGUAAAAUUUUGUAAAUAUAGAGUUAAUAAAAGAGUA